AUGUCAUCGAAAUCAUCGUCUAAGAAGAAAAACAAUGGGGUAUCUACUCCAGAACUGUCUACCGCACCAGCAAAGAAAAUAAAAAUACCAAAGUCUUUUAUUGUCAGACCCAAUGUGCCAACCAACAACAAAUCCGUAGCCAAUGUCUAUAUAAACCCGGAAAUACUAUCAGCAAUGGAACUUAAUAAUGGGAACUUGGUGUUAGUGUCGUCAAGUGAUAGUGGGUCUGCUGGGGUUGUGGCAACUGUUUACUCUUCUAACGAUAUUGUUGAUAAAAAUGUUAUUACUAUAUCCUUCCCGUACAGACAACUCUGUGGACUUUUGCUUGGUGAUAGAGUUGAACUCGUCAAAUUUAUGAAUCAGCCACAAUAUGCCAGUGAUAUUUCCAUAAGUGGAGUUGAAGAAACUGUUACUGAAGAUGUGAGACUGGCAUUGCUUGAUAUUGGAUUAGUUUAUCCUGGGUUGCAAAUAAAUGUUGACAACAAGAGAAUUACCAUUGUUGAUGUAAACGACAGUUUGGAUGCAUCCAUGGACAAAUUAUCAAUCAAGGAUAGUGACUCCUUAUUGUCUGUUCACACUGUGUCACCACCAUAUUUGUUCUCACCAACAACGUCUAUCAAUGUAGCAACACUGUCAUUCCCUGCACGGUCCAAGUAUCCCAACUUACCACAACAAAUCACAUACGAUCAAGUUGGCGGGUUAUCAAAGCAAAUUGAAUUGUUAAAAUCAACUAUUGAACUUCCAUUGAAUAAUCCAACUUUAUUUUCUGAUUUUGGGAUUUCACCACCACGAGGAAUUUUAUUACAUGGUCCACCCGGAACAGGUAAAACCAUGCUUUUAAGAUGUGUGGCAAACUCUAUUACUGAAGCACAUGUCUUAACAAUCAAUGGUCCCAGUAUCGUCUCUAAAUAUUUGGGUGAAACAGAAAACGCCAUUCGAGACAUUUUCAAUGAAGCUAAGAAAUUCCAACCAUCGAUUAUUUUCAUGGAUGAAAUUGAUUCAAUAGCACCCAGCAGGACUUCAGACGAUUCAGGCGAGACAGAAUCAAGAGUGGUAGCACAAUUAUUGACCGUUAUGGACGGAAUGGGCGAUAAUGGAAGAAUUGUUGUUAUUGGUGCUACCAACCGUCCCAACUCAAUUGACUCGGCGUUAAGAAGACCAGGAAGAUUUGAUCAAGAAGUUGAAAUCGGGAUACCAGAUGUUGAAGCUCGUGAAGAGAUUUUGACCAAACAGUUUGCAAAGAUGAAUUCUGAAAAGUGUCAAAUAACUAAAGAAGAGAUUGCAAGUAUUGCUUCCAAAACCCAUGGGUAUGUUGGAGCAGAUUUGACGGCGCUAUGUCGGGAAUCAGUGAUGAAAGCAAUCAAUCGUGGCCUAACUGUUGGUAUUCCACAAACCGCGAUUAAAGUGACAGUUGACGAUGUGUACCAUGCGUUGCCGGAAAUCAGACCGAGUGCCAUGCGUGAGAUUUUCUUGGAAAUGCCCAAAGUACAUUGGUCGGAUAUUGGGGGACAAGAAGAAUUGAAACGGAAACUAAUUGAGGUUGUUCAAUUACCCUUGGAAGCUAGUGAUUCAUUUAAAAACUUAGGUGUCUCUUCACCCAAGGGGGUUUUACUUUACGGCCCUCCAGGUUGUUCGAAAACUUUAACUGCCAAAGCUUUGGCAACUGAAUCUGGACUUAAUUUCUUGGCGGUCAAAGGUCCAGAGAUUUUCAACAAAUAUGUUGGUGAAUCAGAAAGAGCCAUUCGAGAAAUCUUUCGCAAGGCUAGGGCUGCAUCGCCGUCGAUAAUUUUUUUCGAUGAGAUUGAUGCUAUUGCUGGUGAUAGAGACGGGGAUAGUUCAACCACGGCGGCACUGAAUGUGCUCACGUCUUUGCUUAAUGAGAUUGACGGGGUUGAAGAAUUGAAAGGUGUGGUUAUUGUUGGUGCCACAAAUAAGCCAACAGAAAUUGAUCCAGCAUUGUUGAGACCAGGACGAUUGGAUCGUCAUAUAUACGUUGCCCCGCCAGACUAUGAUGCCAGAUUGCAAAUAUUGCAAAAAUGCAGUCGCAAGUUCAAUUUACAAAGCGGAGACGAAUCUGUGGAUUUGCAAAAGUUGGCAGAAUUGACUGAUGGGUGCUCUGGUGCAGAGGUAACAUUAUUGUGCCAGGAAGCAGGGUUGGCUGCUAUUAUGGAGAAUAAAGAAGCAACCACAGUUACUAACAAACAUUUCGAGCACGCACUCAAAGGCAUAUCAAGAGGUAUAACUCCGGAAAUGUUGGAAUACUAUGAAAAAUUUUCAAAGAAAAGUGGGUUAAAUAUAUAA